AUGGUAUCAAGUAUCUCCUUCUGUGAUAGUAAGGGUAAACAACUUUUGUCAAGAAAAUAUAGAGAUGAUAUUCCUUUGACAGCGAUUGAUAACUUUGCUACCUUACUAAUGAAGUUAGAAGAAGAAUCUAGUGUGGUUCCACCAUGUUUGACACAUAAUGGUAUUCAUUAUUUGUUCAUUCAACACAAUGAUUUAUAUAUUGUUGCAUUGACAACUUCAUUAUCAACAAAUGCAUCACAAGUCUUUACAUUUUUACAUAAGUUAGUAGAAGUGAUGAGUGAAUAUUUGAAAGAUGUGGAGGAAGAAUCUAUAAGAGAUAAUUUUGUUAUUAUUUAUGAAUUAUUGGAUGAAAUGAUGGAUUAUGGUAUUCCACAAAUUACUGAAACCAAAAUGUUAAAACAAUAUAUUACACAGAAAUCUUUCAAAUUAGUUAAAGCUGCUAAAAAGAAGAGAAAUGCAGCAAGACCACCACAAGCUUUAACAAAUUCUGUCAGUUGGAGGCCUGAAGGUAUCAAAUAUAAGAAAAACGAAGCAUUUUUAGAUAUUGUUGAAUCGAUUAAUAUGCUAAUGACUCAACAAGGACAAGUAUUGAGAUCAGAAAUCAUUGGGGAAGUUAAAGUAAGGUCUAGAUUAUCGGGUAUGCCAGAUUUAAAAUUAGGUAUUAAUGACAAAGGGAUAUUCUCUAAAUAUCUGGAAAGUACUAGUUCCAAUUCCAAUUCAAACGAUGAUAAUAGUAAUGAAGUUAACAGUUCAAAAUCAUCCACUCCACAACCAUCAACAGGUCAAGAUGAAGGGUCUAGUAGAAAGACAAGUAAUGUUGAGUUAGAAGAUUUAAAGUUCCAUCAAUGUGUUAGACUAAGCAAAUUUGAGAAUGAGAAAAUCAUUACUUUUAUACCACCUGAUGGAAAUUUCGAAUUAAUGAGUUAUAGAUUAACAACUCCAAUAAAACCUCUAAUUUGGUGUGAUGUAAAUAUUCAUGUUCAUUCAAAAUCAAGAGUUGAAAUACAUUGUAGGGCAAAGGCACAAAUAAAGAAAAAAUCAAUUGCAAACAAUGUUGAGAUUUUAAUUCCUGUUCCAGAUGAUGCUGAUACUCCUUCAUUUAGAUACUCACAUGGAUCAAUUAAAUGGGUUCCAGAAAAGAAUGCAAUCCUUUGGAAAAUAAGGAGUUUUGCAGGUGGUAAAGAAUAUUCAAUGGCUGCACAAUUAGGUUUACCAUCAAUUGAUGAUAAUGAAAAACCUAAACUAAAAAGACCUGUCCAGAUUAAGUUCCAAAUUCCUUAUUUUACUACCUCUGGUAUUCAAGUUCGUUAUUUGAAAGUUAAUGAACCAAAGUUGCAAUAUAAGAGUUACCCUUGGGUCAGAUACAUCACUCAAAGUGGCGACGAUUACACGAUUAGGCUCAACGGCUAA